GGGUUGAGAACCUCGGAGAUUUUGACUCCAACAUCUUCAUCGGUUUCAACUAUUUGUCAACUUGGCUUCCACAAGUUCACAAGACUUGAUCAUGUCGUCGCCGUCUUUUUCAUUGACCAUAAGCUUUAUCAUAUUGAUUCAAGUCAUUUGCAUUUCUCGAGGUGCGAAUUUCAGAAAUGAACUUCCUGUUAUAAAAAUCUUUGAAAUUCGGGUGGUAACAGCUACCAAGUUGGAGGCAGGGGAAGAGGAACAUGUAGUGGACAAAUUGCCAAACUCUAAUAUCGUUGUUGGGGAAGAUAUUCAACCAAAUAGUAAAUUAAUAUUUGAAUGUGACGCCCGGUACCCCGUGCAAUGGGUUUACCAAGGGGAUGGCAUGCCAGAGUAUUCCACAAAUACGACACAAACGCAAAAUUCGGGGGGAAUAACCAGACCUGACAAUUUGUUUGCUGCCUCUAUUUCCUUGGGAUUCCGACGCCCGAUAUCCAACCAUGAUUCCGGCCGUUACACAUGCCGCAGUCUGCAGAAUCCUGAUCUUUCAGUUUUUUAUAACCUUUAUGUAUCGGACGGCAAACUAUUCCUUAAUCCAGAAGGUGAAAUAAUUUAUUUCAAAAAGACUGACGCAACUGUAAGAAUUCCAUGCAGCGUCUCAAAUCCGAAGGCAGCUGUAUCAUUGCAAAAAUCAAUAAACGGUUUGGUUACCUGCCCACUCAACGACUCGAUCACUUACGACUCUUCGAAAGGCUUCGAACUCAAGGUUUCGAACCAUUUUGACCCUGUAGGAACUUACGUUUGCACUGCCGGAUUCAAUAACACUUAUCAUGUUGUAAGAUACACGUUAAUCAGAGAAAAUGAGCCAAUUUCAAUUCAAAUAAAGGAAACGUGUUCUAGAAACAGUGAUUGUCAACCUAGUCACGCUUGCAUUCAAAAUAAGAAUGGUGGAUAUACCUGCACUUCUCCGUGUGGGUCCGUCUGUGGUCGAAAUACGCAGUGCGAUGUGACCAAUCAUAUUCCACGCUGUCAUUGUUUGCCAGGUCACACUGGGGACCCAUACCAUGCCUGUUAUGUGAAAGUUAAACCUGAGAGCAUUGAAAAAGAUCCAUGCACACCUACACCAUGUGGGUUGAACACUGUUUGUGAAAGACAUGGUGGCGUGGCUCGUUGCGUUUGUGCUCCAGGAUUCCAAGGAGACCCGUAUGUUCGGUGCCACAGUCACUAUCAACAGCAACAAGUACAGCAGCAGCUCGACCCUUGCCAUCCGAAUCCAUGUGGCGCAAACAGCGUUUGUAAUCAACGGAAUGGUUUUACAUCGUGCUCAUGUCGUCCUGGGUACUACGGCCAGCCGCCAUAUUGUCGAGCAGAGUGCGAGGUCAACAGCCACUGUCCAUCCGAUCGAGCGUGCGUGCUUGGCAGAUGUAAAAAUCCUUGCGAAGGCGCCUGCGUCCACUUUCGUCGAACCGAGUGUCGCGUAAUAAAUCGGUCCCCUGUAUGUGCAACCAUCAAUUGCGCCCCUGGAUAUUUCGGAAGGGACUGCCUCUCCGUGUACACAAAACAAGAUGGCCAAAUUAAAAUCCAUGAGCGAGUAGGAGCAGCAGCUUCGACAACAACGUCUGAUCCAAUAACUCCAUGCAGCCCCUUUCCUUGCGGCUUGAAUGCGGAGUGUGUUGUAAAGAAGGUAAACAACACGGUGCUCAACGUAACAAGCGAAAUUGCGCUAUGCCAAUGUCCACCCAAUUUGACUGGAAAUUCCGACAUCGAAUGCUACCCAAUUGAUGAACAAGUUGGAUCCUCUGAAUCCAACGAAGACUCGGAUGAAGAAUCUGAUAAACCAACAAUAGUUACGACAGAAAAGACCACCACACCCAAGAGCACAAAUAUUUCUUAUCAAUGCACUCCCGAAUGUGGAAUCAAUGCUAAAUGUGUAGAGGGCAAAAACUCGUGUACCUGUCCGGCAAAGUUUCAAGGAAAUCCAUACAUAAAAUGUUACCCCAUUAGCUGCACUACUGAUGACAACUGCGAUAAUAUAAAUGCAUCUUGCAUUUCUGGAAAAUGUGUUGAACAAGGUUUACCAUUGGACACGAUGAACAUUACGACAACAAAACAGUGCGGAGUCAAUGCAAUUCACGUACUUGCCGAUGGAAAAUCGACUUGCAUCUGCCCCACAAACUAUACUGGAAUUGCUACAAUUGCUUGUCAUCCAAUAACGAAAGAUUCUGAAAGCAUCGCCGUCACCACUACAGCCGCCACAACAACAAGAACGAUAGGCAAGACCCCUCUUGAAUCAGAACCAGUCCAUAAUAAAGUCCAAGUUUGCAAUAAUUGCGGAAAAAAUGCUAAAUGUGUCUCGAGGGAGAACAACUCAACAAUUUGCGAGUGUAUCAGACCAUUCGAAGGAAAUCCAGAAAUUGGAUGCACGCUAAAAUGUAAAGAAGAUUCAGACUGCCCACGAUCAAUUGAUUACUUGUGUCACAAAACAAGCAGCCAAUGCGUUCACCCGUGUGACCCUGACUUUCAGGUUGAUUUUGUCGAAUGCGGGAGGAAUGCGGUGUGCAAAGUUAAAGAUAACGUUCCCAUGUGCUAUUGUCCUGAAAAUUUCCCAUUCGGCAGCCCCAACGUCCAUUGUAAAGAGAAUGCAACAAUGUCGGAUAAUCGCAUGCCCAACAGGACUUGCAUCGAUGAAAAAAGAUUUCAAUGCGGACCAAACUCUGUUUGCAAAAGGUUUCAUGAUGACGAAAGAUGUGUUUGUGCACCAGGUCAUUUUGGCGAUCCGACCACAAGUCUUGGCUGUAAACUUGGGCUUCAAUGCUUAAAAAAUAGCCAAUGUAACACGGACGAGGAGUGUGCAAAUGGAAAAUGCUUUAAUUUGUGCAGACACCGGAAUAUUUGUGGUCCGCUUGCAGGAUGCAGAGCCGAGAAUCAUAAGACGACAUGUAUUUGUCACAUUGGGACAGUCAUGAACCCAAAGGGCGAAUGUGAACCUGCGAAAGGAGCAUUAGCGGAAAGGUUACUCUUUUUCAGGUCAUUUGAAGAUGUAUAGUUUGGCUUUAAAUAAAUCUUGUAAGAAUCCUACAGUCAUUUACGAAUAAAUAAAUCGACAAAUGUAA